AUGACCCGGGUUAACCUUCUCCAUGAGAGAAAUUUGACGGGCAAAGGCGUGAGAGUCGCGAUAAUUGACGGCGGGGUAGACUACUUGCACCCUGCGCUUGGCCAAGGCUUUGGAGACGGGCAUCAGGUCCAAUACGGAUGGGAUUUCGUCGGCGACAAUGUUAAACCUCCCAACAAAGAGCAACCAGAUGAUGACCCAUACGGCGAUUGCUCUAACCACGCCACUCACACUGCUGGCAUUCUCUUCGCUCAAGAUGUGGACGGAAAGACGGGGUUUAGAGGCGUCGCACCCGGUGUGACUGUGGAGCAUUACAGGGUGUUCGAUUGUAAUGGUAUGAGCACAGGCGACGUUGUCGUGCGUGCCGUCUUACGUGCCUAUGAACGAGGGGUCGACCUAAUCAACCUUUCUUUGGGUAGUGGAAGCAAGCCAUUUUCUGACGAUCCUCUCUCAAACCUUGUAGCCCGGAUCAAUCGCGAGGGGAAGACAUUCAUCGUCGUUGUCAGUGGCAACAAUGGACAUGCUGGAACAUUCGGAGCCGCCGCACCCGAGGGUGGUGGUGAUGAUAUGUUUGCAGUCGGGAGCGUGGAUGCUCCUUAUUUGUAUUCCGUCUACCGGCCGGCGACACUCUACGUUGAUGGUAUUCCGACCAAGAACCUGACAUACAACCCAGAAACGUGGACAGCGCACCGCAGGAGUGAGUUUCCUUCGCGCAUAAGUCUAUUGAGCCUCGACGAUGAUUUUACCGCAGAGGCCAGUGGAUGCAGUGAGAUCAAAGACAAAGGUCAGGGUCUCAAGGAUGCGGCAGUGCUUUUGCGCCGGGGAGGGUGUACCCUUAAAACCAAAAUGGAGAACUUGGUAAGGGCAGGCGUGAAAUAUGCCCUGAUCUAUAACAAUGUCCCCGGCCCAGCCUUUGACCUCGAGGUGAGACUGGAUGACGGCUUGGAGAUUCACGGCGCGGCAUCUCUCACCCUUGAGGUUGGCGAGGAGUUGCUCGCGCUGAUCUCAUCCGGUCACAAGGUCGAGCUUGAAAUGGACAGCAAUUUCACCAGGCCUCCCGUUUUCAAAUCUAGCCCUAACUCCAAGACAGCCGCUAAGGUUAGCGUCUUUACGUCUUGGGGACCUAGUGGCGAGGGUCGGUUUAUAACUAGCGUUCUCGCCCCGGGCGGUGGGAUCUUGAGCACCUUUCCUCGUCGGAACGGGGGAUGGGGGAUUCAGAGCGGGGCUAGUAUGGCCGUCCCAUAUCUCGUCGGCGUGAUUGCUCUGUUGAAGGAGGCCUUUCCUGCAGUUCCUACCAAGCAUAUAGCGGACACGUUAUCAAACACGGCACGCCCCGUUGAGUUCAACGACGGGACAAACAAGACCUUUGGCUUUCUCUCUAGUCCUUGGCAGCAGGGGUCCGGGCUAGUUGAUGCUUGGGGUGCUUUUGUGGUCUUACAAACUGGCGUGACGACGGAUGUUACAAAACUUGCGUUCAACGACACCGAAUACGGGAAGAGGGUUUUGAGGUUCAGAUUACACAACUCAGGCGGUAAUCACAUUGAGUACAACGUGUCUGUCGUUCCAGGUGCGAGCGUACUCAGUCUUGACGGCAUUACGCAGGCGCCGGUACCGUUUGCAGCGGCUGUGAGGGCACCAGAAGCUAGUCCUGAAUUUUUGAAGACGCUGCCGCCGGAAGAACAAGUCUCAGUCUUUACAUCUGUAACCAGGGUAACUCUCGCUCCUGGCGAAGAAGCAACCGUCGACGUGUCCGUUAAUACAACGGUUCUGGAGCCUAUGAAGCACCUUUGCCCUCUGUUUGGUGGCUGGGUUAAGCUUACUUCGUCCUUCGCAGGGGAAAGUCACGACUUGUCAAUUCCCUACGGAGGCAUUGCUUGCAACAUUAAAGACAUCCCGACGCUUAACAAGAACUACACCUACCUCUCCUCCGCCACCAGGGGGGAGGUUGAGAUGGCACGCUUCUGGAAUAGACGGCUCAAAAGAUUGGAUGAAGGCCAAACCUUUACGCUGUCCAAAAAUCAGCCGCCGUUUGACAAUCAGAACCCUGAUGAACAUCGUUUUAACAACGAGCAACUUCCCGUGGUGCAGGUGCAGCUGAACAUGGAUACAAGGGGUAUCCAAGCAGAGCUUUUACCAUCAGGAGGGGGCACACCAGCAGAAGUGUUUCCUCGCGAGGUUGGGAGCCGGAAAGGAGGAUGGGGCAGGGUCGAGACAGUACAUUUGAUCUGGGAUGGACGUCUCCCCAACGGGUCCUGGGCAGAUGCCGGUGACUAUGCUGUGAGGAUUCGCACAUUAAGGCUUUUUGGAGACGAAUUGGCGGAAGGGGAUUGGAGGGAUGAGGUCUUAACCUCUACCUUUAGACUCGAAUACAAAGAUGGUUCUCAGCAGAAAUCGAAACAGGGCAUCGCCCAAGACCAGGGUUUAACAAUGUUGAUUCCCUGCUACUAG